AUGUCCACCGUCGUCCUCACCUCACCCUAUGUAAUUAGCCUCGGACAAUGGAGAAUCACUCGUCCUCCCUUAUUAGACUUGUCUGUUCAAUUACACCGGAUAAUCGUGCAAUUCAUGUGUACGUUUUCUGUGGUGCCAGGUGAGCGACAGGGACACACUUACGUCCGUGGCUGCGAGAUUCGACACAACGCCAUCCGAGCUGAGCAAAUUCAACAGGCUCGGAAGUACUUUCAUUUACCCCGGCCAACAGCUGUGGAUACCGGUGGAAGGGGAAGGUCGGACAAAAGGCGGAAGUGCCGAUGCACCGAGUCCGGUUCCUUGCCACGAUCACGAGUCCCAGGAUGACCUACCUCCAGAAGAAAAAGAACUUUUGGACAACUUGAGGCCAGUAUCGCCAAAAGUAAGCCAUGAAAGAGUGAAAACACCUCUUGGUGUCGCAAACACCGUUAUAGAAGAGGAGGAACAACCAUUUAAAGAGAGGUUUCUGAAAAUUAAUGUUCGUCAUAUCACAGAUGGUCAGGGUGUUGUUGGUGGAGUGUUGCUAGUUACACCAAAUGCAGUCAUGUUCGAUCCGAAUGUUUCUGAUCCCCUUGUAAUUGAACAUGGUGCUGAGUCUUACGGUGUAAUUGCACCAAUGGAAUUUGUAGUGAAUGCUGCAAUUUACUAUGAUAUUGCGCAUAUGCGUGUUGGACACACAAAAUCCGGAAACUUGGAUAAGAAGCCGGAAAUUUAUUACAUGAAGAAACCUUCACAAAGUGAAACUGUCAAGUGUCAGUCGCCAGAAAAAGAGGAGAAUUUUCCGGAAUUAACUACGGAUGACGCUGAAAAUGAGAGCUGUACCGAGAGAGAUGGAGAUGCUUUUCCAAAGGCCUUUGAGAGAGAUCUCGUUACUCCCACUAAUCUUCAAAAUGAGGACGAUACAACGACAACCAAAGAAAAGGAGGCGGAAAAAGAGAAGGAGAAGGAAAUUAAAGAGGUGAGCGGUGGUCAAACAAGUAAAACGUUAGAGGAACGUAGACGUUCUAUGCUUGAUCAUCAUUGGCCAGUUCCUAGCAAAGAUCAAUAUCCAUGGCCUGUCGAGGAUGAACAACAAGAUUCUUUAAACUCUGACAAAACGGAUUCUGCGAAGUCGAAGAUGAUUCCCGAAGGCGAAGAAGGAUCUCUAGUCAAACUGUCAUGCCACGACUCUGGUAUUGACAUACGUGACCCUAAUCCCUCUUUCCCAGUAGUUCAGCCCAACCCCACAAAGAAAGUUUAUUCAGACGCAGAUAUUGUCUUAUCUUCAGAUUGGGUCCCUCCUAUUACUAUUGCACCGACGAACGUUACAACUGAUUUGCUAGAUAGCGGUUCUGCCGUUAACGGUAGGAAGAAGGCGAGUUCAGUGUCAUUUAGCUUAGACAGUAAUAAUACGGAGGAACCUGAGAAAGAUGAGGAACACAAAGACGACGACAAACAGGAGACUCGUAGGAAUAAGAUGUUAAAACGAUUGUCAUAUCCUUUGUCGUGGGUAGAAGGGUUGACUGGCGAGAAGGAAGAUGAAAGUAAAUCUGGAUCUGAUAAAGUUCCGAGUCUUCCCAAUAGCGCGGAUUCUCAUCAUUCGUCAGUUUUCAGCAAAGUUUUCUCAAGGUGAUAACACUUAACUCUGUUCGAUUUAUAAAAUUUUUACAAGGAUUUCUUUGUAAUUUAUAUGAUAUAAUAAUUGUUCUAAAUUAAUAUCAUGCGCUUUUAUAUUUUACUUUACUAUUCGUGUUUGUUAGGAAUGAGUAACUCGAUGAAAAAAAGAAAAAAUUUGCAUACAGGGAAGGUUCUCAAUGCUCGGGCCUCCUUUAUAUGGUGUAACGUUUGUCUUCCAUGUAAUCGCUUUCUGCUGAAAUCUUUUAGAAGUUCAAAGUAACAUUUACAGCGUGCUCGAGGCUAUUCAUAGUGAAACACAGUCGCGUACGUGGCGCAUAAGCUUGGCAAACAUUUCACUUCGUAAAGCACGUUUCAUUAUGAAUAUCCUCGUUCAUUAUAACAUAGAAUACUAAUUAGAAAAUUUACGCGCAGAAGCAAGCAGCUUAUUUGCAUUUGCGAAACGCGCUUUUCGGAUAAUCUUUCUUUCAAUUUCUAAACGGAGUAAACGAAUCAAAGGAAUGGGCACGUGUAACGUUUCUCAACUCAGUCCAGACGUUGUCUUAUACCAUCAUAGUCCGUUUUUCUCCAAUUUUGCUCCUCCGUUCUUAUUUUUCUUUUCACGAAAUACAACCGACAAAUAAAUUAGUCAUUUAGCUCAAGGUGUGUGUCAAUCGACGAGGAGAAAUAGAAUCAAUUGAAAUAACAACUUGCCCUGAAAUGAUCUCUAGCGAUUUAAUUCAAUUUGGCACAAGCUGAUUCGAAGACACUUGAGAACACUGGUUAUUUUUUCUAUUCCAUUUUGAAACCGAAAUACGAGCAAUCAGACUGUGAUGGUAAAUCUGUGUUAAACAUAAAGCUAUAACUAUAGUUUCCAAUAUGACUAA